AUGGCGUCGAUCGGUGGGUCCCUCGAGGACCGAGACGCGAUGGCCGAGUCCGCGGAGGCGUCGGAGCUCGCAGACGACUCCAUCGAUCGCUCGGACCCCGAAGACGGCGAGGACGAGGAGGAGGACGAGGAUCCCGAGCAGGAGUCCGAAGAGGAGGAGGAGGAGGAGGAUGAGGAGCUGACGGGAAAGGCUCGGUUCGAGAAGCGCGACUCCGACAGCGACACCGACUCGCUCCCGUCCGUCCCCGACGGCUCCCCGCUCCCGUCCGACUACGACAGCGACGCCGAACCCGAGCCCGAGCCCGAACACCAGGGCCCACCCCCGUACGUCAUCCCACAGCCGUUGGCGGGCAAGAAACUCGUCGUCGUGGUGCACGAGCUGCGGGGCUUACCCUCCGGGUACGGCGACGGCGUGUUCUGCGUCGUGGAGUGCGGCGACGCGCUGUACGAGGCGACAACCUUGGGCCAAGGCGCGCCGCCGAGGACCGUAUGGGAACAAUGGGAAGAAUUCGCGAUGCGGUUCGACGAAGCCGGCGCGAACGAGCGAACCACCGUAACCGCCGUCGCCACAGACCAAGGCCCGGGGGGUAUCGCUUCUCCGGACGGGAGGGAAGAUGAACCGGCGGGCGGGGAAGAUGAACCGGUUCGCGAGACGGAGCUCGCGUACUUCGCGUUCAACGCCCUGGAGCUCGUCGACUUCGACGACUUGGCCGCGAGGGAUGCCAACGCGAAACUCGCCUCGGCCGACGGCGACUGGGUGCCGAUGGAACCGAACCCGCGAACCCCCGACGCGGUGCUGCUCAACGCGUCGAUGGAGGCGAGGGUGACGCUUCGGGUGGAACAUUCGGGGUACACGUCGCCGGAGUCGGCGUCGAGGGCGCUGGAGGAGGCGACCCACGGGUUGCACGUGGCGGCGGCGACGGCGUUGUCGAGCGUCGCGAUCAAGCGAGCGUACGCGAAGAUCAGCGCCGCGAUGGAGACGCUCGUCGCCGUCGCCGUGCACGAGGCGAGGAAGACGCGAAGGGCGGAGCGGGAACGGGCGUCCGCGGCGGGGAAGAAGGUGCCGCGGGGUAAGAAAUUGGACGACGAGGAGGAGGACGCGGACGACAAGGAGGAAAAAGCCGCGAGGAAGAGGCUGGAUCCCCGAAAGGUGGUCGACGGCGCGGUGGCGAUUCCCGGGGAGGAGGAAGGCGACUCAGCUGCGGGGGGGCUGACGCCGCUGGCGAGGGCGUGCGGGAGGCCCAUCGGCCCGCGAGCCGCGGCGAUCGUCCGCGCGCUCCUGGACCUAGGCGCCGACCCCGCCGCGCGGAGCGGCUCCUUGUCUUGGACCCCGCUUCACCACGCCGCCGCGUGCGGCGCGGUGGACGUCGUGGUCGCGCUGUGCCGCAGGUCAAAGAAGGCGCACCCGCGCGCGAGGAUCGUCGACGACGUGGACGCGACGGAUCGCGACGGGUUCACGCCGCUUCACGUCGCCGUCGUCGCCGGGCACCUCAACGUGGCGAGAGCGUUGUUGGGGCCCGGUUGCAGGGCGUCCACGACGCAACGAUCGGGCCCGGGCGGGUACAACGCCCUGCACUGGGCGGCGAGGGCGGGGGAUCCGCGCGUGCUCGCGGAGGUGCGAGACGCGUCAGGCGCGGAGGCGACGGCGGAACGAACGCGGCCGCCGGUUGCACCCGGGGGCGGAACCUUCGGCGGACCUUCGGGGGCGCAAUCGACGAACGCCAACGUCGGUUCAGGUUCGAGCGUCGUUCCCGGUCAGACGCCGAUUCACGUCGCGGCGAGUAACGGCCGCGUCCGCGCGUUACGCCUCAUGCUGCGGCACGCCCCGAACCCGCGCGCGGCGAUGGACGCGAGAGACGGCGCCGGACGAACCCCGCUCGCCGCCGCCGCCGCCGCGGGCAAGCACGAGACGGUGUCUGCGAUGGCGACGGAGCUCGGGCUCGAGGCGGACGACGGGGACGGGGACGGGGGCGAAAAGUCAGCACCCGGGGACGAUGGAAACGGCGAUGGAAACGGCGAUGGAAACGGCGAUGGAAACGACGAUGUCGACGCCGAGAACGUCGUGGGGUCGCUCGAGCGCCCCCCCCGGGUGUUUUCCUUCUCCGCGCUGGAAUGGUCCGCGUACGACUCGAGGGCGGAGACGGUGAGGGCGGUGGCGAGGUGCGGGGGGCACACGCGGCGGGACUACGAGCGCGCGGCCAGGGUGGCGAAAACUCGCCGGGCGAAGGGUCCGGUGCUCCGGCUGUUGUCGAGGGGGCGGGAGUAG